AUGGCAGUCCCACUGCCGCGUGCAGCCAAAAGCUUGGUUGCUGUGACACGGUCUAGUGUCCGAGACCAACGAGCAUCAUCAGAACCUCUUGAACCUCUGGAUUACCAACGAGAAAGGUGGCGGCGGAUUAAGGUACAUCUGGAACAAGAUGAAUACCUGCGCGACUUGAGAGAUUUCCUGAAUGGAGAAGUCGAUCGAUUGUUCGCCCUGGAUGUCCGUGGCGUGUUGUAUCGGUUAGCUCAGUCCACCGAGGCAGGCCCUGAGAUGCCCAGGAUGAUUACGACUGUACCCAUCACCCUGAGAGAGGACAUUUUACAUUAUGCCCACGAGGAUUUUCAGGGUGGACACCAGGGCAUCAAACGGACUCACGAAAAAUUGCGCUCUGAGUUCUAUGGGCCCGGGAUGUAUGCCGAUGUGGAACGACACGUAAAAGAAUGUGUGGAUUGUGCGAGUGACAAAGGACAUCCAUCUAACCCUGGUCCAUCUCCUGGAAAUAUCGAACCAAGACGAUCAUUUGAAGUGGUCUUGAUGGAUUUCGUGACACACAUGCCGAAGUCGGAGCGGGGAAACACUUUCUUGCUUUUAUUCCAAGAUAUGUUCUCAGGAUUCGUGAUGUGCAAACCAAUGCCUUCCACGACAACCCAGGAUGUAGCCAAGGCAUAUGAGGAACGGGUGUUCAGAAUGUUUGGUGCUUCAGAAAUGAUCCGUCACGAUCAAGACCCAAGAUUCAUGAGUGAAGUUUUUGCUCGAUUCAGGGAACUCCAUGGCAGCCGUCAGAGAUCCACCCUGAGUUACCGACCCCAAGCCAAUGGACAACAAGAACGUUCUGUUCAGACGGUUAUCCGGAGCGUGCGAGCGUAUGUUGCCGGGGCAGGUCAGUCAGAUUGGGAUGAUCAUGCCGAGCGGCUGAUGUUCGCCCUGACCACAUCGUUUUUCGCGACCCGUCUGGAUACACCAUUCUAUCUAGUCCAUGGUUGGGAUGCUCAAGGUACCAUAUCUUCCAUGCUAGGGCCUAAGCCGUCCAGCCUUCCAGAACGGACUGCGUACGAAUGGAGAAGAAAGUUCCAGCGUGACUAUAGUUAUGCACGAGCUUGUGCCAAGGACUUACAGAAGAAGACGAAGCGCCUGAGAUCGGAAGCUCAGACCCAGAAGUGGAGAGAGCUUUCAGGGCGACGCAGUGUACCCAAAGUACAACCAGGGCUGAGUCGCAAGUUGGCACACCUGUGGCAUGGUCCUUUCAGAAUUGACGAAGUACAUGAUGAUUUCAGGGUGAAAUUGAAGAUCGACGGAACUGGGUAUCGCGUGAACCUCUGGGUGCACAUAAGUCGUCUGAAGCCCAGGGCAUUAUUCCCGAAAAGACCAAGCGAUGAAAUCACCCUGGAUGAGAAUGAUGACCUGGAUGCGGAAUUGUUACCUGCCGAUAGUUGGGAAGCAAACAACCAGGAUGAUGAGUACGAAGGGGAACGAAUCCUGGACCUCCGAUGUAUUAAACACACCCGCACAUCCAGGAGGACGAGAGAGUAUCUUGUCAAGUGGAAGGGAUACGUCGAUCCUGAAUGGAUACCACUGUCGCAACUUAACCUGUGGAGCCCUGUUGUAUGA